UACAACUUCAAUAGUUUCUGAAUAAAUUGAUAUUCAAUUUCCAUCUGCACCCGAAACAAUUUUCCUUUUUUUUAACAGAACUGAUGGACGCACAAUUAUAAUACUUACAUAUUCUGAACCCGCAAAAGACGUACAAUUUAUUGGUGACGUUUGAAUUAGUGAAUUAUUUACAUCGGGUGCCAGAUUCACACGACUACAUAUUGGUUAUAUUUCUAAUCUAUGGUUGUAUUUGUCUUGACUAAACUUAUAAGUAAACUGUUUUAUUCGAAUUUGUUUGGUUUUUUUGGUGCAAUACGUUGAUUUCCAGUAUUUAGGAGAUAUAUUGUUAAAAGUAUGAAUGUUCCAGGAAUGUCUCUACAAUCUCAACAAGCUGCCCAACAACAACAGCAGCAACAGCCGCCUCAACCACUUGAUAACAUUUCUAAAAUUAAAUCAUUAAUUGGACCUUUAAGAGAGUCUCUUUCUAAUACAAUUAAAUCAGCUGCUCAAACUCUUAAUCAGAAUAGCCAAAUUGACAUAGGCUCACUCAAAGGAUUUGAUAAUCAAAUACCUCGUUUUGACAAAAGUUUGGAAGAGUUUUAUUCCAUUUGUGAUCAAAUAGAAUUGCAUUUGAAAACAUCCAUUAAAUGCUUAAGUCAAGGCGAUAGUGCGGGUAAAUAUUUACAUUUACCAGUUGCUCCCACUCGUAGUGAAAAUUUAGGAAUUCCAGACAAUACAUUGACUUAUCCACAGUAUUUGUUAACUGUUAACUCGCAAAUUUCAUUUACAAAAGAGAUUCAUGACACCCUUGUAGCUGCUGCUCAGAAUAUUUCUCCGUCAGAUUGACAUUAUUCACAACCGUAUUGAUAUUUUGUUGUAACAUUGUGUAUUGAUUUAAUGUCGUAGUUAGAGCCCAAAUGUGAAUUUGAAUCUAUAAUUUAGUUUUAUUUAGAUAUUUAAGAAAUUGUAUUUAAUUAUAAACAUGCAAAGUACUGCUUUUAAUAAA